AUGGCCGACCUGGAGAGAGUGCUGAAGAGGUUACCCGACGAUGUUGUUGAAUACAGCGUGUUCCCUCUCAUCCCCGAUGAUCUACCAAGCGAACGUGUUUCUGACUUUCUGGAGAAGUUCGCUGACACUGUUUUAGCUCAUUUAAGUGACAGGAUUGUGGAUUAUAUCUGGCAGCAUGAGUCAUUCAAUCUAAGACCGAUAGUGUCGCCCAACGAUUCAGUUCCACCUCACCUCCAUGGCAGCACAAGUUUUGGAGACAACAUUGAGGAUGAAUGGUUUAUUGUUUAUCUGCUUUAUGAGAUCACUAGAGAGUAUGCUGGGACUGUUGUCAGGGUCAAUGAUAAUGAUGAGGAGUUUCUCCUAAUAGAAGCUGCAAACGAGCUUCCAAAAUGGCUGAACCCUGAAUCUGCUGAAAACAGAGUGUAUAUCUAUAAUGGAGACUUGCAUGUGAUCCCCAUCCCCCAGACAGCUGAAGAAUCGUCCAGGUAUCCCUUGUUCACGCCAACAGUGGCAGAAGCUGUUGCUUGUGUUCGAGACUGCGCCUGUGAGACCAGAUGUUCUCAGGCAGUUCAAAAUAUGCUCAACAAAAGAUUGUCUUGUUUUCCUAGAAAGACUGCAGAGAGCAUCCACCGGGUGAACUGUUAUUUGCCAACCCCACUAGCGGUUCUCCUGGCAGACCAGCCUUCACUGGUGUCUGCAGGGGUCAGAAGUUUCUAUUACAGAGAUCCUCUAGAACUUAAAGCUUGUCGUCCCAUGAAGAGAUUCAAACCUUCUGAUCUUGUCAGAACAAGAGUAAAAAUGACACGGUGUCUUUAUGCCCAGCUUGUGCAGCAGCAGUUUAUACCAGACAGGUCCAGUGGAUGGCCAGUGAUAGCACCCAGCAACCCACAGUAUUCUGAACAGGAUGUUGGGAUGAAGCUGGCACAUGGGUUUGAGAUCCUGUGCUCAAGGUACAGGGAUGUUGACAACGCUAGUUCUGCAGCAACAGCUUUAGAAGAUUCAAAUCCCAGAUGGCAGCAGUUCAAGAAGUCUUUGGCAAGCAAGGGAUACUUCAGAGGGGAAAUUGAAGGUUCUGUUUUAUACAAGAAGCUUCUCCAGGAUGCGAAACAGUUCUACCAGUCACAGAUCCAUGCAGGAGAGAAUGGCAUUGAAUCAACAGGGCAGCUUGUGUUAAGACACUUGAAACUUUUGGAGCCAAAAUUUGAAGAGUUCAGACAGGCUGAAAGACAGUUGCCACCAUCUGAUGAUGACAGUUGGAUCAACGUGACACCAGAGCAGCUGGAUGAGAUGAUGAAGACUGCUGGGGGAUUGUCCUCCUCAGACGGCCUGAAUCUCUUCAAGGUGGCAGAGAGCAUGACAGCCUUCGUGGAGCAUGAAUCUGGGAUUGAAGGGGCAGAGUUUCCCAAGGAAUCAGCAGAAAAUGAUGGUGCUGAUGGACAGUUUGAAAGCUCUGGACUUAUUCAAGCUAUGCAAAAGAUAUUUGAAUUCCCAGAUGAUGAAGAUUCUACCGGUUCUGACAUGAGCGAGUAUGACUGGUCAGAGGGAAGCGAUGACGAGCUGGGUUCCCCAAGCAAAAUGCCCAAAACUGUCAAAAAGAGCAGUUUAAAAAAGGCCAAAGUACCUAAAGCAGGUGAUCAGAAUGGUGGGCUAAACCACAGAAAAUCCACAUCAAAGUCUGUCAGAUUCAGCACUCCAGACUCUGCUUUGACACUUAACCCUGCUGUUUCAUCACCAGAAACAGUUACUUCAACUCCUCCAGUUCCAGCAACUAGUCAGGAUGCUGCUUCAUCUUCUUCAGUAAACAGACCAACAAAUUUAAUCCCCACAUCACAUGGCCAGUCAGACCUUUCCUCAGCCACCAAGUCAAGCAGCCGACCAACUUGUAUCCCACCCCCUGUACCGGCACGUCCCCCUAGACAGAAGGAGGGCUUCAAACCGUUGAACAAACCCAGCUCUGUUGUUAAGCCUUCUGCCCCUCCGCCCCCACCACCACCAGCAGGGGAGAAAAGAGACAAGAAACUUGUGGCCUUGAUGGAAGCAAUGGAUCGAGAGUUAGCAGCAACAGAUGUUGGCAAGAGUUUUGAAAGAGAACCAAAACAGCCUAGACCAAAACGAACCAGCAGACCCCCUCCACCAUCAAGACCCACAAAAUCUGGCCCAAAGGCAGCCCAGAAGAACAUAGAAGAUGAAGAUGAUGACUUCCAGCCAGUGAAUAUAGACUUGACUGUCGUCAAAAAUACUCUUGAAUCCUACAAGGCACAGCAAGGCUUGCCAGGACCAGCUUCAAAUAUUCUAGCGGCCUUUGGGAUCAAACUUCCACAGGACCAAGUCAACGGGAAGACAUAA